ACAAUUGAUGUUUCACAUGUUUUUGAUCAUUUUGAGAAAGAGAUAAGUCAUGAAGAUUAUGAAGAAAAUAUGGAUUUUUGUGAAGUUACUGAUGUAGAAGAUUUUGCACAAGAUUUUACUCAAAAUUUUGAGUGCUCUAUACUUGACGAUGAUGCUAAUAGUGAUAAUGAGUGCAAUGAUAGAAAUAGAGAUUAUGACAAUGAGGUUGAUGAUGAGCAUAAUGAUGAUGAUGAGCAUGACGAUAACAAUGAGGAUCUUGAUGAGGAUACUGAAGUCAUUAUUCAUGAUGAGAUUCAGCUAAAAGAAAUUCUAAGUGCUGAAGAUGUUGAUUUUCAGUGGAGAGGCUUUAAAAUUGUUGGAGAUAAUGUAUAUCAAAUGGUAAAGCCACACUAUAUGUCUUUGAAACACCAAUCUCGCUCACGCAACUACUUUAAUUUAUAUGCAGUUAAAAAUAGGAUUAAUUUAUCCUCCUUUUCAAGCUUCAAACCGAUGAUUGAGACCAAUGUUAACUAUGAAGACAUCUUACCUUCACCCUCUAUUCAUGCUAGUUUUAUCACCAAUUUGGUUGUACUAGUAUCACGAGUACUCGUUGACAAUUUGUCUGCAUUCAAGUUUUAUUUUGAAGAUGUAGCUAUUCCUCACAUCGAACACAAAUAUUCUGCUGAUAUGAGUAUAAAGUCAGAAGUGGUAGGCUUGAAUAAUUAAAUGUGAACUGAAUUAACCGUAUGUAUUACUGGUCU